AUGAACAGGUCCCGGGUCAGCUGGGACAAAAAAGCCCCCCAGCCUCCCGUCAUCAGGGCGACGCGCAGCUCUGCGUCUCAGGCCCGGCACCCUGGCCCCGCAGAGCCCCUGGACUCCAGGCCCUGCCCCUACGCAAAGCAGCGCAGGAGGCAGGCCGACUCGGCUCUGGCCAGGAACCUCAGCCAGAUGAGCGUGAGCGGGGGGCCGGACGCCCCACCCCCCAGUAAAGGAAAGAGUUCCAAAACGAGCGGCGACCCCGUGUGUCCGUCCACUGGUUCUGGUCCGGAUCGGGGCAGUUCAUCUUUGCCCGGCACCAAGUGGUCCUUCCGGGGGGGUCUGGCCUCGGUGGCCCGGCUGGUGAAGCUGGGCCGCUGUAAGAACGUGGUGGUGGUGGCCGGAGCAGGAAUCAGCACAGCCAGCGGCAUCCCGGACUUCAGGCUGGUUUUCGCCAUAUUCAACAUCGACUACUUCUCCAAUGACCCGCAGCCUUUCUUUUCCUUGGCCAAGGCUCUGUAUCCCGGCGGCCACCGACCGAACUACAUCCACUACUUCAUCCGCAUGCUUCACCACAAAGGCCUGCUGCUCCGGAUGUACACGCAGAACAUCGACGGACUGGAAAAAUUGUGCGGCAUCCCGGAUGACAAGCUUGUGGAGGCCCACGGUAGCUUCUCCACAGCGUCCUGUCACCUGUGCUACACUCCGUAUCCUCCUGAGAGGGCUAAAGACGCCAUAAUAAACGGCGACAUCCCCACCUGCUCCUUCUGCGCCGCCACGGUAAAGCCGGAUGUUGUGUUUUUUGGAGAGGACCUGCCCCAGAAGUAUUUCCUGCACACCAAAGACUUCCCCAAGGCCGACCUGCUCAUCAUCAUGGGCACAUCUUUACAGGCAAGCAUCGAGCCGUUUGCCAGCCUGGUGAACACGGUGCGGUCCACAGUGCCUCGCCUGCUCCUGAACCGGCACGCCGUGGGCCCCUUCCAGAGGACCCCGCUGCGGAGGGGGGACCACAUGGAGCUGGGGGAUCUGGCCGACACCGUGCAGAGGUUUGCCGAAAUGCUCGGCUGGAGCAGCGAGAUCCAAGAGCUGAUGAGGAGUCAGGAGGCAUCGAGCAGCCAGACGUCGUCGUGUCGGAGCAGAGCGGCGCCAGAGCCCGAACACACCACGGGAACAUCCCGGCCCAGACCGGCCAACAGCAGCGGCGAGGAGACGGACUCCGAAACGGACUGCAAGAGCUCGGGAUCUUCCAACCCGAGCAACUGACGGAAGCCCAACACUCCAAAGGUCCCGUUCACGCCCGCUUUUCUUCCGAGAGUAAAAGUGUUCAAGUUCACGUGUGCACACAGAAUUGUUAACGGAAGUGCCCCAGUCCAAGACACUAAUCAAUGUUUUAUGUUUUUUUUUUAAUGUCUGAUGCAAAUAAAGUUAUGUUUAAUAUCAGUGAAUCAUUGUAUUUUAAGCAAUAUUUAAUAAAGUUUUGUUUUUUUUUGCAA